AUGUGUGGUAUCUGGGCUUCGUUUGGCUGUGAUGAAUGCCUGUCAGUUCAGUGCAUCAUUGCCAUGAAGAUCGCUCACAGGGGCCCUGAUGCCUUCCGCUUUGAGAGCGUCGAUGGCCUCACCAACUGCUGUUUUGGCUUCCACCGGUUGGCUAUUGUGGACCAGCUGUUUGGCAUGCAACCCUUACGCAUCAAGAAGUUUCCUUUCUUGUGGCUUUGCUACAACGGAGAGAUUUACAACCAUCUUCUGCUGAGGAAGCACUUUGACUUUGAUCACCAGACUCAAGUGGAUGGUGAGAUUUUGCUCCAUCUGUAUGACCGCUUUGGCAUCCAGGAGAUGGCGUCUCUGCUGGAUGGCGUCUUCGCUUUUAUUCUGCUGGACACCGCCAACAGAAAAGUCUUUUUGGGAAGAGAUACGUACGGAGUCCGGCCUUUGUUCAAACUCCUCACAGACGAUGGAUUUCUUGCAGUCUGCUCAGAGGCCAAAGGCCUUACAGACCUUGUUCACUCCAAAACCCAAAAUGUCAGCAUUGUUACCUUUCCUCCUGGGCACUUUGAGGUCUUUGAUUUGAAGCAGAACGGCAAAGUUCAGUCCAUCCGAAUGGAGCAGUUUCACUGCUGCACAAAAGAGCCCGCUCAUGCCAAAUACGACACUGUGGAGAGACUGCCGUCAAGUUUUGAUGAAGAAACAGUAAAAAGCAACAUCAGAACACUGUUUGAAAAUGCUGUGAGGAAACGUCUCAUGGCUCACAGGAGAAUUGGUUGUCUUCUGUCAGGUGGUCUGGACUCCAGUUUGGUUGCUGCUACACUGGUGAAGUUGGCCAAGGACGAGAAGCUGCAGUAUCCCAUCCAGACAUUUUCAGUCGGGUCAGAGGACAGUCCAGACGUCAUAGCUGCUCGCAAGGUAGCGGCACAUAUUGGGAGUGAACAUCAUGAGGUGAACUUUACUGUUGAGGAAGGUAUCAGAGCAGUGGAGAAAGUCAUUUUCCACCUAGAGACCUACGACAUGAGCAACAUACAUGCCGCUGUUGGGAUGUUCUUAGUUUCCAUGUACAUCAAGGAGAAGACAGACAGUGUGGUAAUCUACAGUGGAGAGGGUUCAGAUGAGCUGACUCAGGGAUACAGUUAUUUCCACAUGGCUCCAACUCCCAAAGUAGCUGCAGAGGACAGUGUUCGACUGUUGAAGGAACUGUACCUGUUUGAUGUCCUCCGUGCUGAUCGCACCACUGCUGCACAUGGGCUGGAGGUCAGAGUGCCAUUCCUUGAUCACAGAUUCACAGCAUACUACCUUUCUUUGUCUGAGGAGAUGAGGAUUCCUAAGGGAGGAGUGGAGAAAUACCUUCUGCGUGACUCUUUUCGAGGUCUGAAUUUGAUCCCUGAUGAGAUUCUGUGGAGGAAGAAAGUACCCUUCGGUAAUGGUCUGAUGUUGCCUGAGAAGUUCUGGUACAACCACCUGCAGGAGCGCUUAGAAUCUUUGGCGAAUGAUGACCAGAUGGAGAACGCUCACAAGAGGUUCCCUCACAACCCGCCAUGCUCCAAAGAGGCAUUUUAUUUCAGACAGAUGUUUGAAAAGCAUUACCCAGGCCGAGCUGAGUGGCUCCCCCAUUUCUGGAUGCCACGGUGGAUCAACGGUUUUGAUGCUCA